GACAACCAUCGCAGAGCCGCAGCACUGUUCUUGGGAACCGUUAUUCUUGCGCUGUGGCAGCACAACCAGCACAGAGCAGCAGCACUGCUCCGAAGAAAAACUCUUCUUGUGCAGGUGGCAGGACAUCCAGCACUGCUCUUAGCAUCCAUGUGGCGGCACAUCUAG